AUGGUGGCGCCCGCGGAGCGGCGCGCGGAGAAGCAGGUUCCGCGGUGCAUUAAGUGCCGCGCGGCGGACGCAGCGGCGCUGGUGAAUCAAACGGAGGCGCUGUGCGCGGCGUGUCUGCGCGGCGCGCUGCUGGGGAAGUUCAAGUCGGCCGUGAAUGGCGGCAAGCUCGUCGCGAAGGACGAUCACGUGCUGCUCGCCUUCUCGGGCGGCGCCGCCUCCAGGUGCGCGCUCGACUUUCUCCUCGCCAUACAGUCACCCCUACUUCACGCACAAGGAGCCGCGCCGCUCGGCGCGCAAGGGGCGGCAGCGAGGGGGCGCAUUCCGUUUCGCCUCUCCGUUGCCUACGUGGACGAGCGCGUGGCGGUGGGGAAUGACCUUCUGCCACGUGGCACUGCUGACAGGCUGGCAUGCGAGUUGCGGGAGAUCGUGAGUGACGCUGUCGCGGCGCACAGGGGCGCACGUGACUGCAGCGAGGGUGACCCAGGGGAGGGGCGAGGGCGAGGGGCGGGGGCGGAGAAUGGGGGGCCGCACGGAGUGGCGUUUCACGUGGUGCGUCUGGAGAGUGGGCUGGCGGACGGGGGGAGUGCGCCCGCGGAUGGGGGGGGUGCGCCAAUGGAGGGUGACACGGGUAAUGGGGAGAGCACGGCGGAGCUGUUGGCGGCACGGCUGGCAGCAGUGGUGGGGGGGGCAGCGGAGGGCACGGGCAGGGAGGACGUGGUGGAGGCUCUGCGCCUGGACGCGCUGAUGCUGCUGGCGCAGCGACUGAGGUGCAGCAAGGUGGUGGUGGGCAGCACGGCCACUCGCCUUGCAGCGCAUGUCAUCGCCUCCACCGCUAAGGCGCAGGGCUUUGCCCUACCAGCGGACCUGGCGGUGUGGGACGCACGGAGGGGAGUGCCGGUGGUGCGGCCGCUGCGCGACUGCUCUCUGCGCGACCUCGCCCUCCUCGCCCACCUCUUCCGCCUCCCCACCGCCUUCACGCCCUCCCUCGCCACUCGUGCCUCCCUGCGGCGGGGCGCAGGGAGUGGGGCCACAGGGGGGGCGGGGAGCAUUAACGCGCUGGCAGCAUCGUUCCUGGAGGGGUUGCAGAGGGAGAGCAGCGGGCGCCAGUUUACCGUCACUCGCACCGCCCUCAAGCUGCAACCCUUCCCCUUCAACCUCCCCCCCUCCCUCGCACCCCCCUCCCCCACGGCUGCUGACUGCCCCCCUCUCCCCCUCUGCGCCAUCUGCCUCGCCCCCCUCCCCCCGCCUGCUCUCGCCCCCCCACUCCCGCCUGACCCCCCUGCUUCUGGUGUUGCCACAGCAGCCGCCGCCCCUUCCCUGCCCCUCUCCCCUUCGUCCUCCCCCCUCUGCUGCAGCUGCCGCUGGGGAGUGGUGGGAGCAGGGGAAGCCACGCGGCUGGGAGGAAAAAGGGGGAAAGGUGAAGCAGGAAAGGGAAGGGAGAACGGGGAGGGCGGACGGGGGGAAGUGGAGGCAGGAGGAGCGGGAGCAGGUGCAGGCGGAGCAGGGGGGGUGGCGGGGCUGCCAGAGGCGUUUCUGGCUCGGGGCAGGGCGGGCAGCGCGAGCUAUGCGCAGUGGCUCAGGCAAUGCGAGAGGAGCAUGAUUGCAGACUGCCUGCUGGAGGGCGACUGA